CUUAAAGGGGCGUGGCCUCACAACAACAACAACAGAGUACUUCCUGUUUCUGGAUGCCGCGGCCAAGCGUCACAAAUCGCGUUUGUUCGGAUGAAAAUCGCUUCAUCAGCCGCUCGUCCCCUUCUCCCGAACAACAAGCAACAACAACACAGGAGGGCUAUCGACCUAAAGCGGUUCCAGGCGUUUCGAAGCGGCCGCUAGCCCGCGUGUGUUAGCCGCAGCUAAGCUAGCUAGCCGGAGGCUGAUGUCUUUCCCGGGCUUUUGACUUUGAAGUUUUCGCGCUUUUGUUGUUUCCCCGCGGCGUCCAACAGCGACUUUACGAUGAGCGCCGGCGAGCUUGUGUUCCACGAGAAGCAGCGCUUGGAGCUGUGCGCCAUUCACGCUCUCAACAACGUGCUGCAGGAGCGCGUCUUCACCAAGGAGGCGGCGGACGACAUCUGCCGGCGGCUGGCACCCCAGUGCGUGGUCAACCCUCACAGGUCCAUGCUGGGCACAGGAAACUACGACGUCAACGUCAUCAUGGCGGCGCUGCAGAGCAGAGACCUGGCGGCCGUGUGGUGGGACAAGCGCAGGACGGUGGACAGCCUGCACAUCGCCAAAGUCCAGGGCUUCAUCCUCAACGUCCCGUCUCGCGUCUCCCUGGGACCCGUCUUCUUCCCCGUGCGGCGGCGCCACUGGCUGGCCGUGCGCCAAGUCCACGGUCAGUUCUACAACCUGGACUCCAAGCUCAAGAGUCCCGCCUGCAUCGGGGGAGACGCCCAGCUGCGCACCUUCCUGGGCGAGCAGCUGUCGCAGGACGUGGCCGAGAUGCUCCUGGUGGUGCGGCGCGACGUGGAGGAGGACGGAUCCUGGCUCAACCCCGACACGCCCGCCGCUAAGGGCGCUGACGGUACGGCGUGAGGGAAGCGGCGAUGCCUUCAGGGACCGCCCGCCGACGUAAAGAAAGCAAAGUCCAAAGAAAAGUGAGAGUUAGUUGCAAACUUCCACCAGUGGAAGGAACACUUAGUGAUUAGUGAACCUAAUUAGUAACAUCUUUUAUUCUAUGCAUUGCACUUCUACUUGCUAGCACUGUGUGUGUGUGUGUGUGUGUGUGUGUGUGUGUGUGUGUGUGUGUGUGUGUGUGUGUGUGUGUGUGUGUGUGUGUGUGUGUGUGUGUGUGUGUGUGUGUGUGUGUGUGUGUAAA